GAGCGUCAUCCUGUGGUACUACCUGAGCACACAGAAAUGUCUUCCAGCAUUACUUUGGAUAAAACAGAUAGUGUUCAGAAGACUGAGUUUCUACCUGGUGGCUCUGAAGCAGAAGUAACCGUUUUGCCUACAUCCGCAUUUUCAUGUGAACAACACGUGGUGAGCCAACAACCGGCAGGCAGCUUGAAUGAUGGCAUUGUGGGUGAGUUACAAAAACAGGAGCUGGAAAUUGCAGCUUGCCAAAAUAUCUUUAGUGCUGGUCCUGAUUUGCACAUUGCUGCUGCUGCUGAAGCCAUACAGGAGGGUGAUAAUUCUGCAGAGAAAAGCUCUACAGAUCCAAGGAAUUCUGGAGCCCCAAAUUUAGAUAGCAUUCCUUCAGAGGAAGCCCCUGAACAAGUUUCCCAGUCAGACGAAAGUACCAUGACUUUACAACACGCCACUGAGGCAGGACAAUUGGAAGGAAGUUUGUCGCCGUUUAAUUUCGAGAAGCUGCAAACGGAGAUCUCUGCAAUUAGAAUGAAAGGAGCAAAAAGCGAUGUCAGCUUCAAAGCCCAGCAAUGUGACAGCUCAGUGGAAUCGCUCUUUAACUUUUCAAGCUUAGAAGAGAGGCUUCUGAGUCUUUCAUCUCUUGGUAAGCAAGCAGGCAGUAAUGAGGGCACUGCAGCAAAUAUCACCUGUGCGGAUGACAAGCAGAGGAAGGGGGUAGAAAAUACACAGAAUGAAGAAAAAGGCAGAUGCGAUUCCACAGAGAAUUUUGCCACGCCCAAGACUGAAGCGGUUUUCCCCACGGAUCCUGAUGCUCCAACAUCUAGGGCCUUGGGCACCGGCUUUUUUGAUUUCAGGGAGCACAUUAGCAAAAUAUUUGAGAAAACAGUUCAGAGUUCUCUGAGGGCAGAAGUACAACACCUUUUGGAUGAAAAUGUUGUCAGUCACAAUGACAGCCGGGUAGUUAAAGAAAUACCAGAAUUUAAGCCAGUCUUGGAAGCCAGAGAUGGAAGUACUAGAAACGGGGAACCUGAAUGUGACCAGAAGAUGGGAGGACAUAUGUUGGCUUUAAAAGCUAAGACGUCCAGAGGAGCUACUCAAGAGAAGAUAGCUCAAGAAAAAAACCAACUCUUGACAAACACUCAGGACUCUUUGGAGGAUUGUUUGUUUGGUGAAAAGUUCCUUGUCAAAGAACGUUGCUUAAGCGACACGUCAUCUCUAGCAACUUUGCCAAAUGUUCACAGAGAAAAGGAUGGCUCGAAAAUGAAUAAUAAUAAGAUGAAGAUUGAGGAAAGUGAAUGUGAUAGUCCAGUGAGUAAUGAUAAUGGUGAUAAUCUAGUAAACAUGGAAACAGGAAAACUACAAGUUGCUAAUUGUGGCGCAGGGACAGAGAAUCUACUAUCUUCUCUUGACAGUAACCUACCUGUAAUGACUGCUGUCUCUUCAGAAGUUGUCCCAAAGAGUAAUUUUGUUAGUACUACAGAGGCAGGUGAUUUAAUUAGCGUGUGUAAUGCAGAACCAGGUUUGUCUGAAGAAGAGCCCAUUAUAGAACAUUAUGAAAACAUAUGCCACCACCUGAUUCUAAGUAAAGAUGAGGAAAAGGAAGAGAGUAUUGUUAAUUCUGGCAAUGUGUCACCAUUGCCAUUUCUUCUAGAUGUUCUUUGUGAUCACAAAGUACAACCAGAACAAUUCAGUACGUUUCCAGGUGAAAAUGAAAAGAAAUCUAUCAGCUGUAAUCUUCUGGAUGAAAAUUUGCACCAGGAUAAAGAAUCUACUAUGCUGGAUGUGCUAGGAAAUGCAAAACACUUGCAGCUUUCUCAAGAGCAAGGACAGGGGACAGAAAUACAACAUCUUGUUGACUACUUAAAAAAUGAAGUAUGCUUUGAUGAGUUUUUCCCAGGUGACUGUAAACCAGAACCUUGUAGUGUGAAUAAGGAAUGUGGUGAGGAAGCAAAAGACACCAUGUUGAACGCAAUUGAAGGACAUAUUUUUGUUGAUGCCCCUAAAAAGGGUAUUACAGAGAUGUUAUUCACUGACAGUGAUUCGGCUUUGCAACCCAGCAUUUGUGAUCAAGAAUCUGAUGCAGAAAAGCAUUCAGAAACCAUUCACAGUGUGGAGCAAAAUGUGUGUUUUAAGAGUAUGGAUGCCAUUGUUCCUUCGGCAAAUCAGCAUGGAGAAAAGAACUGGACACAAGAGAGUUCCGUUGAGAAUAUCCAGGGCAAGAGGUCAGCUGCUUCAUCCACACAACUGAAGCAAAACCUUCCCAGUGAACACCCAAGCAUGACUACUGAAGGAUUCCCAGCUGAGAGCACUAUUCCUGAGCUCUGUCACUCUCUCCUUGCUGCACCUGAGAAGGAUGCUAUAAAAGUAGCUGCCAAAGACACCUCAGAUGAGGCGAGAGAUGCCACAAGAGUAGAAAGUUCUUCAGUCCCUGCUAAUGUCAUAAAAUCAGUGCCUACUGUGGAUAAUUCCAAGGAUCCUCUAACUACUACUGUCUCUGAUGGACAGAUUGCUGCUCAGGAUUCUGCUGAGUUGACUACAUCAAGUAUUUCCGAGCCUGGUGGUUGCCAAGAGAUUGAUCAAGCCAUCCCAUCUUUCCCUGACCAAAGAUCUUUGACUUCAGAACCAGUGGAACUACCUGAUCAAGAAAGUGGGAGUCUGACUGAGGGAAGGAAGAGGAGUUCAGAUUCUGAAGAAGCUUUUGAAACGCCGGAAUCUACAACUCCCGUAAAGGCUGCACCACCACUGCUGCAAACACAGCCAGAGGCUCAAGCGUUUGAAGUAGAGGAACAGGAAAUAAGGCCUCAACUUCCAUCUGAGGAUACAGGUUUUUGUUCGGACACAGUAUCCAUAACUGAAGUUUCACAUAGUGAAUCAAUUGAAGAAAGUCCAUUACGUCUUCCUUCCCAUUCAUUUUCUACUGUUUUUGAUGAAGACAAGCCCAUUGCUAGCAGUGGGGCUUACAACUUGGAUUUUGAGAGCAUUGAGGUUGUAGCUGCUUUGCAAACUGUAGAUUCCAGCUCUUUGGACUCCAGGGCACAUGUCCGGAGAAAAUCCACAGACUCUGUUCCAAUUUCCAGAUCUACUUUGUCUCGGUCCCUUAGCUUACAAGCUGGUGAUUUUGAUGGAGCAUCUUUUCUUGGUAAUAACGAGACAGUGGGUUCAGCAACUGACACAUUUGGUACUGGUUCAAGCAGCGCUUCCAGCACUCUUAAACGAACAAAAAAGCCUCGGCCAGCUUCCUUAAAGAAAAAGCAAUUGACAAAAAAAUCCAUAGAUGUUCCUCCCGUGAAAGAACCAGAACCAUCUGAAAUCAAGCAGGAAUCUGCCACCCCAAGUGCCGAACAGGCAUCGGGAGAGAAAGUGGAACCUAUUGAACCUGAAUGCACUGUGACUUUUCAAAGUACUGCUGAGAAACAGGAGGCUGUGCCUGCAGCCCAUCCUUUUGACCUUAAUGACUCUGAAGAAGUAAUUGCAUUUAAUACUGGAGACGCCAAAGUGCAGAACUCUCCUCCCGUGGGCAAGAAAGCCCUUGCUCUUUCACCUGCGCCUGAGGACGUGGAGGUGACUCCCUCUGACACUGGGGGACAGGAAGAUCCACCAGUGAAAGGAUUAGCAGUUAGGCUGGAAUUUGAUUAUUCUGAAGAAAAAGGCAGUGGAGAAGAGCAACAAGAAAGUGUUUCUCUGCCCAAAAAGUUGGGCAAAAAACCUGGUGCCAAAAUGCCACUCAGGAGGCCAAAGCCUAAAAAGCCCGUGGAGAAACUUGACAAUGCUCCUACCACUCCAACCAAGGCACCCGGUGAUCCAAAUAACAUUCCUGUCACCAAAGGCUCUUAUACAUUUGAUAUUGACAAAUGGGAUGACCCCAAUUUCAAUCCAUUUUCUUCCACUUCCAAAAUGCAAGAGUCACCUAAACUGCCUCAGCAAACUGUAGCAACGUACAGUUUCAGUCCUGAUCUGUGUGAAGACUCCAUUGACCCUUUCAAGUCUUCCUCAAAGGUAGCUAGCUCUCCCACGAAAUCUCCAGCCUCCUUUGAGAUCCCAGCUAAUGCCAGUGACAUCAAUGGAAUGGAAGGGGAUUGUGUUAACAAACCAGCCAAAAAGAAGAAGACGCCACUUAAGACGAUGGUUGAAGAUGUGAUGUCUGUAUGUUCUCUUUUUGAUACUUUUAGGGUGAAAAAGUCACCGAAAAGAUCUCCGUUGUCUGAUCCACCUUCCCAGGAGACCAUGCCACUGCCCACGACUGAAACUUCCUCCAUUGUAUCUACUGUGGUUCAUGCAACAGAUGAGGAGAAACUUGCAUCUUCCGUAGGCAGUCAGAAGUGGACAUGUAUGACGGUGGACUUAGAUUCAGAUAAACAGGAUUACCCUCAACCAUCAGAUCUUUCAACUUUUGUAAAUGAAACGAAGUUCAGCUCCCCUACAGAAGAACUGGAAUAUGGCAAUGCGUAUGAAAUCGAAUAUAUGGAGAAGAUAGGCUCCUCUAUCAUUCAGGAUGAUGAUGCUCAGACAAAGCAGUCUUUGUACCUCAUGAUUGAUGCACAGCAGGAGAGUCCAGUCAAGUCUCCUCCAGUCCGGCUAUCAGAUUCUACGACCCCUUGUUCUGGGUCAAGCUUUGAAGAAACAGAAGCCCUGGUGUCCUCUGGAAUACAGUUACAACAUCCAUCUUCACUGUCCCUCUCAUCUAAUCAAGAGACACAGAUACAGUCAUCUGAGAAAUCAAAAGGAAAAGAAUUGGAGCCCAUGACCUUAGGAAUCAAUUCAAACAACACUGACAUGACCCUACCUGAGGACUCCUUUCUCUCUGCUGAUGCUCUUCUCAGUAGGAUAUCCCAUCCACCUUCAGUGUGUGAUCAGCUUCAGUAUCUAGAGCCUGACUUAGCUGAAAAGAAUCCCCCAAUAUUUGCUCAGAAACUUCAGGAAGAAUUAGAGUUUGCUGCAAUGAGGAUAGAAGCUCUGAAGUUAGCCAGACAAAUUACUCUGUCUUCUUUCAGCUCCUUAGAUACUGAGAGAGAGCCUGCGGUGUCAUCGGAUGUUUCCAUCUCUAAAAGUACACUUUACUCCAGGAUAAGCAGCUCAGAGGCAGAGAAUACCUCUGGUUUGCUUUAUCAGCAGCAAGACUUGGAUUCUGCAUUGCAAGUUGCCAGGGAAGAGGUCGUAACUAAGGAGAGAGAAGUAUCAGAAUGGAAAGAUAAAUACGAAGAAAGCAGGAGGGAAGUAAUAGAAAUGAGGAAAAUUGUUUCAGAAUAUGAGAAGACAAUUGCUCAGAUGAUCGGCAAGCCUGAGGAUGAGCAGAGAGAAAAGUCUAUGUCCCAUCACACAGUUCAGCAACUGGUUAUAGAGAAAGAGCAAGCAUUAGCAGACCUUAAUUCUGUGGAGAAAUCUUUAGCAGAUCUCUUUAGACGGUAUGAGAAAAUGAAAGAAGUUCUUGAAGGGUUUCGGAAGAAUGAAGAAGUACUAAAGAAAUGUGCACAGGAAUACUUAUCACGAGUGAAAAAAGAGGAACAAAGAUACCAAGCCCUGAAAAUUCAUGCAGAGGAAAAACUGGACAGAGCCAAUGCUGAAAUUGCACAAGUCCGCAGCAAGGCUCAGCAAGAACAAGCAGCUUACCAGGCUAGUCUUCGUAAAGAGCAGCUGAAAGUAGAUGCAUUGGAAAGAACACUGGAACAAAAGAAUAAAGAAAUAGAAGAAUUGACAAAGAUUUGUGAUGAACUGAUUGCCAAAAUGGGGAAAAGCUAACUUUUAACCAAAAUCAUGGAUUUCAACCUUGAGUGCAAUAUGACCAUUGGCACACUGAUGUCUACACAUUGAUGUAGACAGGAUCUAUUUUCAUGUUUUUGUAUGCACUACUGUAUUUUUUUCUUUUCUUAAAAAUAUUGAUUUGAUUGUAUGCAGUACUAAGAAGACUAUCAGAAUUCCUUGCUAUUGUUUGCAGUUUUUUCCUAGUAGAAUUCAUAGCAAGUUGAUCUCAAAAGUUCCUGUAUCAGGGAGAUUUGUCAAGGUCUUUAAUAAAUUACAAGUUGCUCUUUCUAGCCUUCCCUUUGUACAUGAGUUCCCAUGUUGGAUGUCUUUUGUUGGAUUUAAUAUAAACGUGUAUUACUUGCAUGGGGACUCUUUGCCUUAAGGUGUGUAAAUUUAAUCUGCAUUUGCUGAUUUGUAAAAUAAAAUGAAGACUUGAAAAAGUAA